AGAGGCAGCAACAGCAGGCGAUCAAUAACUCCCCCCACAGACGACCAGCCACACACACGCGCUCAGCACCUCGUCACUUGAGCUCCCUCCCUCCCUUCAGCGUUUAUCCCCACACAAACCGUAGUGAUCUAUGCGCGAACCGGUUGAUAAAGAGAGGUGAUAUAUAUAUAACAUGUGAGAACACGUGUACCAGGCUACAGUGUGUGAGGGGAUACGGAGGGAGGGUGUAGAGCAGUUCCCUGAAGGUAAACUAAGCAUGUGCAGGCAGUGAUGGUGCUGGACACGCCAGGAAUGACGGAACACUCGCCUGUAGAGGAGGGAGGGGCGGUGAGUGCAGCAGGAGAGGAAGCCAUCAGGUCAAUCCUGGCAUCACUUCGUGAGGCCAUGAAAGGGGAAGAGGGCAUUGGAGGGGUCUUGACUCCUGCCUUGGACCCCCUGGCUGUGGAGACCCAGACCAUCACGCACCAGCACCCUGCGCUCAACAUUGCCAUCAAACUCUACAAUAUGGGCCUUUCGGGUCUCUCUGAGUUCAUUAUAGAAGAUGUACGAGUGAAUGUUCAGUUGCUAACGGUAACAAUUAGUCUUAGCAUCGACACACUUCUUCUUGAUGGAGAAUAUGACCUGCAGGGUAAGCUUGUGAAGGUGAUACCACUCUCAGCUCGAGGGCCAUUCACAGUUACAACUAAUAACGCAAAGGUCACUCUUCGUGUAAAGUUGAAAGAAUGUCGUGGACGUCUUGAGGUGAGAGAUCUGAGCAGUGAACUUAUCCUAGAGAGUGUACAAUGUCGCCUCUCACAUAUGACUGGAGGGGCCCUCGUUAGCAAAGUUGUAAAUUCCAUACUUACUGAUCUGCUCAGAAGAGAAAAGCAGAAUCUGGAAGAUUAUCUUGGUUUUGUACUCAAAACAUUACUAAAUAACGAGCUCAAGAAUUUCAAUCUUGGCGUAUCCCUCCAACUCCUGCGUACAAGUGACAAAUACAUGCGCAGAGGCUCAUUAUAUUAAUUUUAUACCUGAGGAGCAACCCUAGUUCUAAUAUUGAGUUAGAGUAUUUUAUAAUUAGAAGCAGAUAAACUGUAAAAAAAGACUUUAGAUAACGUUAGAUGAAGGCAGAUUUUUGUACAUUCCUUUUACUAGUGAUUUCCCUGUCAUCCAAAUUUAUGAGAACACCACGUAUAGAAAUGGAAAAGGGAGGUCAAGAAUAGUUUUGAAGUUGAUUAGCUAACAUAAAGUUGUGUACAAUGUCUCUUAUAAGUCAGUAUUAUAAGUCAGGUUCUUGUUUGUUAGAGAUGAAUUAUAUAUGAACUAGACUUCUCAGUGUGUGCUAAUGAUGAAUAAUAAUGAAGUUGAUCAUUUAAGUAAACAAUACUCAUAAGGUUAAUAAAUCAAUAAUUUUGUAUCUGUAAUAGGUUUCAGUGAACAUUUAUAAUAGGAAACAAUAUCAUAGCAUAUUCAAACAAUGUGCCAACAUCAUGAGGUGAUUAGAUCACUGUACACUGUGUAUACAUUAUGUUAUAUGUGACUAAUGAGCAUGACUAAGAAAAUUAUGUAGGAUAAAGACAAUUUCAAUUAUUAAGGUUACAGCAACAAUUACAAUAAUUUGCUUAAAAGAAAUGAGUGGUGACACAUUAUCAUGUGAGAAACCUGCAUUUUAAGGGAGUCUUAUCACUGGUGCAUUCCUUUGAAGAAAAUGUGGAUCAAAGCAUUUCUUCAUGUAACUCAUGUAACCUAUAGAUACGGGUUACUGAAUUACUGUAUAGUUAUUUUAUAUUUGUCAUGCGGUAACUGGAAAUUAAUGGUAUGUUUGUAUAAAUAUAAUUUCAUAUAUAUUUCCCAGUUCCCAGUUUGACAUCUGUUAAUUUUAAAAUAUUAAUUAUGAUAUGAAGUUAUAGCUUUGUGGGGUUGUUGCCGACCUUUUAGAGGCAUGCAGGUGAUACAAUAUAUUUCUUGCUAUAAGGGACACUGGGGCAGGGCCAGAGAAGCACCUUCUGGGGAACUCAACCUUUCCAAAUCACUUUUCUUCUUGGUUGGGGAACAUAACUUCUCCCACUUUGUUGAGAAACAGAAUCCCAUCCCCUUUGACUAGGAGACAGAAGCUGUUUCUCUUAGCAGGGAAAGACAACUACUUUCCCUUGGCUGAUUAGCACAACCUAUUCCCAUUGCCUAGGUUACAGUAUUAUAAGUAUUAAAAGUAUUAUUCGAUACCUGAUCAACCAGGCUGUGACUCAAAUGGUAGGCUACGAGCAGCCGCAUCCAACAGCCUGGUUGACAAGUCCAGCAGCGAGGAGGCCUGGUCAACAACCAGGCCGCGGGGUUGCUAAGCUCCGAAAUCACCUCAAGGUAACUUCAAGGUAACUUCAAGGUAAAGGUACAUAUGCAGCAUAACAUGUAUUAUCAUAUGUAAUCAUUUAAUGCCAACAAUUUUCUGUGUUGAAGGAAAUUGCUAGCUUGGGAACUUGGCAGUACCAACUGAGCGGGUACGAAUCCUCCUCACGGCUCCUACUGAUUUUCUCAUUGAUACUGUACACGUUAAUGUAUAAUGUAAUGUAAUGUUAAUGUAUCAAUAAUCGAUACAUAUUGAUCACAUUAAUGUGAGUUCAUUGUGCAAUUUCCUGUGUUCUUGUGUAUAUAGGGAGAGAUGUAUUACAAUGCGUCCUCCAAAAGUGAUAGUUCACAUAACUACUGUGGACGUUAGGUACAAAAUAUGGACUGUUGCACAAAGAAGGUCCAUGUUUUGUACCAUUGGAACUUUAGAGGCCAUAAAAAAUUGAAACAACCUAACAAUACACUGAAUCUAACCUGUCCUAGGCCUAAAUAAGCAAUCCUAGUUCUUAUAUAUGCAAUUUUAGGUCUGCCUUAGUAUAUUUAUGUACUGUACUAGGCCUAGGAAAAUUUAGGUUUGGUUACCUUAUUCUUGGGCCCUCAACAAAAUUGAUAGUACAAAACGUGGACUUAAUUUGCAAUAGUCCAUACUUUAUACAUGUCAUCCAUAGUAGCUAUAGGUGCUAUCAUUUUUGGAGGACAGUAGUGUUGAGCGGCUCUUUGUCAGCCUCCAUAACUGUUAUAUAAUAACUAUAAAAUCAUUUUGUGUUGGAUGAUUGUAGUAGUGAAUGAGACACUAGAGUUAACAUGGGAGCUCAGUGCACAUUGGUUUAGUUAUUGAAAAUGCUCUUUGUAAUUUUUAUGAUUUUAUACUUCAAAGGGCAUGGCUAGAUAUACUGUAGUAGAUUAUUAAAUACCAUUUCUGUAAUGCACAAAGGUUAGGAAAUGGGUCCCCCUUUUUAUCCUUCUCUGGGUUUGCCACUGGAACAAUCAUAGGGUCUUUUGCCCUCUUUUUUUUUUAAAUAAAAUAUAAAUUCUAUUGUUAUUUAUUUGUCAGUGUUACAAAUAUUGAUCUCUGGAUUAGACUACUUAUUCAAUUACUUAAUCUUCUCUAGUGAUAACAGAAUCUGAAUAAAUAUGCCUUCUUAUCUUAUACAGUAAUUGGAUCGAUGAAAAUGAAAUAACUUGCAAAGACAAUCUCCGCCUUACAUCUUACACAAGCCGGGAAAAUAAUGCUGGAGAGGGGCAGAUAUAUUCACUCGUGGCUUCAUAAGCUUUGCAAAAACUUUGCAAGAUAUCCAAUAAACUUCUUACCUAUCACAGGAACACAUUAAUCAUGAUUUUUGUUAAUGAAUGAAAUUUAAUGAAAUUUAGAAAUUCAAUUCAAUUAUGUACUCUGGAAUUAAAUUUUAAAUUUAGUUUUCCUCAUUCUUUAUAUAGUGUAUAUAUCUAAAGGUUAUAUUCAAAGUUAAACAUUUAUAUUUUCAUUUUAAUUUGAUCAAAAUUAAAAUAUAUACUGUAUAAUAUAACAAUAAUUUAGAUACAAAUAUAUCAAAAUUUAACUACCGUAACUAUAAUGACUGGUAGUAUUGGAGUUUUUACUUUUAAAAAAAGACAAGACAUUAGAAGUUUGUAAAGUAGCUUUUCAGUUAAAUGUUUCGUCAAUAUUUAAAGCUAUUUCUUCAAUGUUUAGAUACAACCUGAUACUGUGUAUAUAUUUAUAUAUGCAAAGAAUGUUUUAUUAUGCUGUUACAAGAGAAGUUUGACCAUUAUGAAGCUACUUAGUGUGGCUGUGUUCCUCUCACAGCUGGUGUGUAAGAGGCGAGAGAGUUUGUUUACUGUGCUGAUACAUGUGUGUGUGUGUGUCUUGCGUUUAUAUUUUGACAAUUCAAGGCUAAGUAAGCUUGUUAUACAAAAAAGUCAAGCAGUAUCAUUAGAUGUAUAUACCUGUAUAUAGUUUUAUGGUUCCACAUUUAGUAUCCUUUUGAAAGGAAGCGGGUUUAUUAUUUUGAUUACACUCCUUUGGCGUUCUAUCCAUAUAUGUAUCCCCAGUACUCUGAGGAGCUGGUUCUUUUAUUGUAGAUUAAGAAUACUGCUCAAGCAGGAUAUGAUGUGUUUAUUGAACUUUGAACUGUCUUGGAAGCUCAAGUCUCAUGCUUAGUAUCCAGUUUAUAUGCAAUAUAUGAUUGUAAUUAAUUGACACACAAGUAUUUAUAAUUUUCAUUGAAUUGUUAAGUUUACUUAGAGUGUUUAGAUGUGUAUUUUCCUGUUUGAUUAGAUAUGUAAAGAUUUAUUACUCCAAAGAUUAUAUGAUUAUAUAUAUGGCAGAAUGAUACAUACAGUAUUUAUAUUUACAAUAAUUCAAGAGCAGGAUGUAUACAUUUUAUUUUAAUUAGUAGUUGAUUGAUAAAAACUGAAGUUGCUUUUCAGCAGUUUUUACUGUUAAAAUCUUCAAAAAUUAAGAAGUGUAAAUGUCUAUAGAGGGAAAAGAAAAUAUUGACAUCCCUCACUUUUGUCUUUAAACUCCUCUUUUACUAUACAAGGACCUCUAUAUCAAGGGAUCUUAGUACAUCUUUCAACUUCACAUAUCUCCUCAUCUCCUGUGCCUUCACUUUUUCCUAGUACUUCUUUUCAUCUUUUGUCUUCCCUCCCUACCCCCCACCCCUACACUCUAGAAAAUACAAAAUAUAGUGUUAUUACUUCUUGAAAUUCACACCGGUGUGAAUAUAACACUUUGAAAGUCAAAAGGGUACUGAGGGGAAUUUAACUCGCAGCCAAAAAUCUCUCAAGUUGACAAAUUACCAUUUGUGCUAUGAGCAGGUCCCUUCCAUCCUUUUCAUAUGAUCCUGAAUUUACCUGAGGGCCACAUCUCGCUAGUGGCCUCGACAAAGACAGGAAGCCGGUGACUUGUCAAAGGUCCCUCCAUUUAUCCUGAUGAUUUUACCCAGCUGAAUUUUUAAUUCCAGCACUUGAUGGAUGGUUGAGAGACUGGAUGGCUCACUGCUUACAGGUUGGUGUUCAAUUCCCCAACCGUCCAAUUUGUUGAGUACCAUUCCUUCUAUCCUUUCCUAAAUCCUUAUCCUCUUCCCAUCCAAGGGCUAUAUAGCCAUAAUGGCUUAGUGCUUUCUCCUGACUAUUACCUUUUACCUGUUCAUAGCAUGAUUAGUAAUGUGUUUACUUGUGAGACCUUUGAUUGUUGUGUUCCAUCCAUUGUUAUACAGUAUUAUAUAAUUAAUGUUUGAAAACAAAGCAGUAUUAUCAGAACUAGUGUGCCUAUAGAAAAUAGAUAAUUUAGAUAUACUGUACACAUGGCCUUUUGAGAUUAAUAUGAAUGAUUGUUUCCCUGUUGUAUAUAGGAUGCAAAGGGCAGCUUUAAGGUUAGUGUUAUAAUGUCACUUUAAACGAUGGUGGGAAGAAAAUGUAUGAAAAUGAGAAUGAGAAUGUCAUAAAAAAAUUAUGGAAACAUAGUCUUAUUUAUUAGACCGUGGCUUUGUGUACCUCUGAGGCUUUUAGGCUCUGUUUAGUGACAUUUAAUGUGCUGUUACUGUAUGGCACAUCGUAACAUGAGUUAUUGAUACAAUAUACUGUACAUGGAAUAUAGAAAUUGAUAACUAUGUGAAAAUUUAUGGCAUUGAAAUGACAGUAAUACAAAUAUGUAUUGCUUUUAAAAACAAGAAAACAGUUUAUAGAAAGUGUAGCACUUUAGCAGCCAUUACUAAUUUGCAAUAAUGUAUCUGGGCAGCAUAAAAUUUCUCUGUGUUAGUUGCCUUACAUAAUAGGCCAUGACCAUCUUGGUACUUGAUUUGUUCCUACACUGAUUUUAUAGAUUUCGAUGACUUUAUUUCCUGGAACAUAAUUUUUUUAGAGUACAGUACAAUAUUUACCAUUUUGAUUUAAAUUUUAUCAAGCAAGAAGUUCUUGGGAAUUCUUGUUUUAUUAAGCAAAGGUUCUUGGAAAUUCUAACAUACACAUGGGGUAAUAUAAUUUGUGUAUUUUAAUUCUCUGCAACAUUUUGUGUAGGCAUUUGUAAUGUUUGUACAGAGGGUCCAAAUGUGUGUCUUCGUGAACAUUUUCAUUAAUGCUUGUUUUUAAUAAAAAGAAUAACUCUUGUAUGUUAUAAUGAUGAAGGAGUAAAUACCCAAGUUUCUGGAGAUUAUAUAUUAUGCACCACUGUA